AUGAUCGGAUUCAUGGACUAUAUUGUCCACGCCUUUGGGACGUCGACCGACUGGAAUCCUGACAACAGCUAUUCCUCCCUGACCGCAACCUCGGACGCAUUACUCACGUUUCAGACUCCCUCGACCUUGUCAUUACAUGUCUCGUCGCUGAGCACUCCGAACUUCGCGUCUUCAUACACCCUGUCGACGCUGGGACACAUCGAUGGCUCGAUAUCCUACCUCUACUCAAGCGUCCCAUUGGGCCAUGUCCCUUCCGAAGCACCUACCAUUCCAUUGAAGUAUUUGACUCCGGGAUACAGAGAUAUAAGGCUGCCCGUUGCGUUCGUACCGGGGCAAAAGAAGGGCCUACCCAAGUUUCUAAGUGAAGAUGGGAGGAAGCCAAUUUUGCUGCAUGCGACGCUGGAUCUUCCCCCUCCUUCAGUUUUGACGGCGUUAUAUGCACGUCGCAUAAGUCCCAAGACUCUUCUCUCCGUCUCCAUAUACAGCAAAUCAGCCUCGACUCCAGUGACAAAUUCUGGUCCUCCGCCUGCCUCGGUGCUUGCCCAUAUCCAGCACGACGCGGGCCAGUAUUCAGUCGAAGGACUGGGCUCGACAGACAAUGGUCUGCUCGGGGUCAGAGGUCUCUGGAAUUUCGGCCUCAGCCCACCGAAGACGCCAGUGAUCUCGCCAUCGAUUGCCCCUCCGUCGUCGCGAGUUGCAGGUGCAACAGACGGCUUUACAGAGUUCCUUUCUCCGGAACUGGGCUCUCCGCCACAAGCAGACGCAUUGACUGCAUAUCAAAAUCGUCUCGCCUCUAAGCCGUCGCUCCUGUCUGCGGGCGCAGAAUUCUACUACAGUCCUCUUACCCACGUAAUCGGCCUUUCGACGGGCUUGCGCUUCACCACCCUUACGCCGCAUAUAACACCAUCGGAGCCACUACCUCAACCGACUCCUUCUCCCAACAAGCCGCUGGCGGGAACGUCUGCUGCCAUCCUCUCUACGGCAUCCCACACUCUACUCACACCCUCAAACAUACCGCAUUCUUCAUUUCCCUACACCAUGACCUUGACUCUGACUCCGCUCACCGGAUCAAUAUCGUCCACUUACUCCGUGCGUCCAACAUCGGCCCUGUCCCUCUCGUCCAGAUUCGACUUUAAUUUUUAUUCAUGGGAGUCUCGAUAUGUUGUGGGUGGAGAAUUAUGGCGUCCUCGGCGCCGGCGGAACUCGUCUUCGUCUGCGCCCUUCCGAGAUCUGGAGAGUGACGCUACUGCCACCGGCUCUAACAACGAGACAAAUGCAGAUCCAAUUCAAUGGGCCCGCACUCUCACCAAAGACUGGUUCAGCCCGGCCGAGCGCUCGCUCAAGGAAACGCGAAUCGAACGGGAAGAAGAGAACGUGCUGAACUUUCGGGUCGAUGAUUCCUGGAAUGUCAAGGCGCUGUGGACCGGGAGAGUCAAGAGCCUGCUUGUGGAGGUUGGAGUCUCGGUAAGUCCUGUCAGCGGAGCUGCUGCUGGCGGAUUCAGGACCAGUGGCACCAGUGCGGGAACCGGGAGUGGGAAAAAAGGUGCUUCGUAUGACGGAGGGGGAGUCAAGAAAUGGACAGGCAAGGUGGGCGUGGGCAUUGUCUACUCAACCUGA